CACAGACAGCAAGCAGUAUUGUUGGUUGAACCUUGGGCUAAGACACAGCCACUGAGCCUUGCUACCUACAAAUCAUCUGCACGACGUAGUAGGCGUUGAAUCCUACUCUUUGUGCCUAGAAUUAGCUCCUUGCAUUGCAUACAAGAGACCCUUAUGCCCCCACCUCACUUCUUCGAUUUCUUGCAGCUCUUGUCUCUUCAGAUUUUACAGCGAUAAGUGCAAACAUAACAACAUAAUGGCCACGAUACAAAGCACUACACAGCCCAACACGCUGGAAACGCCAGACUUGCAACAACGUCCCACAACUUCAAGAGUAAUUCGCACCGUUGUCCACGAUGAAGGUCUCCCAGAAGUUGUCCACUCAAAUCAACCCUUGAAUCCCACAGAAUACUACGAUGCUCCGAUACCAGUGGACUCAGAAACAGACAAACGAUACAACGAAGCUCCUAUUCCAGUCACAACACUCGACAAAUAUGAACCUGCACCUCCACUGCCAAUUCGUCCGUCUUCUAUAACACCACAACCUCAGCAACCCUAUCCCUACGGCUCAAACGGUUAUGUUCAGCCACAACAUCCCGGCUUCGUCACUCAGUCACCGCAACUACCACCGUUAAACAGCAAUGAGGUCGUAACGUAUGUGACACCACUGGAUCAGCUUGGAGACCACCCAAAGUUUGUGGAUUGUCCGUUCUGCAGACAUCGUGCAGAGACACGAGUGAAGAAGGUAUCUUCAAAAAUGACACAUGUCUCUGCAACAGUCCUCGGAUUCACAACAAUAGCCGGCGCGGCUGUUCCUUAUGUUGGGAAGUGGCACUCUCACACUGCUCACUACUGCAGUAUUUGUGACUACAAGGUGGCAAUUCGAAAAUGGGGAUCUAAUCAGAUGAAGCCUCAAGGGACACCGGAUUAUCUGAGGGAGGUAUCGAGGUAUGGCCCUGCUCACUCACCUAGCAUGUCCAGUAGCUCGACGAGAGGUUAAAAUUGAUUCGUAUGAAUAAUAGUGAGGAGAUUGAUACCAGGAUGAGAAAUGGUGUUCAAAAAGAGGGAGGAGAUGUUGAUCGAGUUCCAUAUCUAAAUUACAAGAUAUAGACUCACCACAGCAUUUGGUUUGGUUUUUGAGGCAUGAAUAUCACGUUCACGAAGUGUAAGUGCACGGUUAUAAGUGUUCCCUCCAGCAAGACUACUGUCGGAGAGAGAAAUAGACAGAUCUCGACGAUGGCUUCGUUUGCAAGUCUUAUCAGGCAGACUUUUAUAAGUACUUACUUAUAUGAUUGUCGAUGGCUAAUGAUGGCUUCGCCUGGCCAAUCAUAAACUGUGAGAAUGUUGAUCCGUGUUUGAGAAGCCAACGGCUUGGCUGUGCCACGGGGCCUGUCAGAUGCUUAUUUUCUGCCCUGCCCUGUCAGAUCUCAAUUAAAUCUAGUAUUGGAUUACAUGAAUGCUUUAUCAGUCUGUAGAGAGUGGCUGUGACAUUUUGUGCUGCUGUAAAUUAGUUUUAACGACAGGUGCCCACCCCCUGUAGGUGUCUUUACAGCA